CACCUGCUUUGGAACAAAAUCCAGAAAUACCUGGAGAUCUUCCAGAGUCAUGACACGGACAACUCUGGCACCAUGAGCUGCCAUGAAAUGAGAGGUGCCGCUAAUGAAGCAGGUUUCCACAUUAACAGUGCUGUCCUGGAGGCCAUCGUCAGUCGCUAUGCCAACGCCCAGUACGCCAUAGACUUCGACAGUUUCGUGGCCUGUCUGAUUAAACUUGAAAUGCUUUUCAAAAUGUUCAAAGCCCUGGAGAGAGGGGACUCUGGGAAGAUAGAGCUGAGCUUGCAACAGUGGAUGUGCCUGGCAGUCUAUUAGCUCUGAAGAGGGAGAAAAUGUUAAACCAACAGAAGAGAUAAAAAUCAGUACAUUCAGAUCUAUCUGAAAAACAAUAAUGCAUGUAUACUUUAUGUUUAUGUGGGAGUGGACCUGUUUGUCUUGUUAGCUUUGCUCUUUGGCUGUUUUUAACUUCUGUCAGGUAAAAGAAAAUA